CAUGUGGCAUGAAUGCGGCUUUCCGCAUCCAGGGGGCGGCGACGUCUAGGAGUUCCUGGUAGCCAGAGUGAACAAAAAAACAUAAUGAAAGAGGAACAGAACCUGGAAUAAAAUACCACAAAUCAUUUAAGAGGAAUCCAGCUAGGAUUGUAACGUUGAUUGCGGGCAACAUCUAUCCCAAUAAUCCACCUCUCCAGCCGGUCUCUGAUCCGGAUCUAAGACAGAGAUGACCACCGAGAAGACUCUAUACACUCCCGUGCAGGGGGGGCCUUCUCCACCCUCGCUCCCCGGGCAGCCAGCGUUUCCUGUCGCAUUUGACAUGAACAUGCCAGGCCCAAACAUGUUCGGAGGCCCUGCUCCUGGUGGUCUCCCUGCUCCUGGUGGUCUCCCUGCUCCUGGUGGUCUUCCUGCUCCUGGUGGUCUCCCUUUCCCUCCACCGACUGCUUUUGGACCAGCUUUCGGAAUGGCUAUGAACCCUCAAGGCGGCUCAGGAUAUGGUGCCAACCCCGCUUCUUCACCAUAUUCUCCACCAGACCAGGGCUUCAUUGGCAACUUCAGUGAUGAUGUUUACCAUAACGAGGAGGAUCCGCCACCCUUCCACGAGAAUCAAGACUUUGAUUUUGGAUUAGAUAACAAGAGCAUUAGAAGAGCCUUUAUUCGAAAGGUAUUCUUGGUGCUAACUGCUCAGCUGAUGGUGACAUUCGCCUUUGUGGCUGUUUUCACCUUUGUGAACGAAGUCAAGGAGUUUGUCAUGGUGAACACCUGGACCUACUUGGUAUCCUACCUGAUAUUCUUUGUGUCAGUUUGUGUGAUCAGCUGCUGUGGAAGCGUUCGCAGAAGACAUCCUUGGAACCUGGUUGCAUUAUCUGUCCUGACUCUCAGUAUGUCCUACAUGGUGGGAAUGAUUGCCAGCUUCCAUGACACUGAAACGGUGGUCAUGGCAGUGGGCAUCACAGCAGUUGUGUGCUUCACAGUGGUCAUCUUCUCUCUGCAGACCAAGUACGACUUCACUUCUUGUUACGGUGUGCUUUUCGUCUGUUUAAUUGUCCUGGUCAUCUUCGGCAUCCUCUGCAUCUUCAUCCGUGACAGGAUUCUGCACAUUGUGUAUGCUGGACUGGGAGCUUUGCUCUUCACCUGUUUCUUGGCGGUGGACACACAGCUGUUGCUUGGCAACAAGGAACUGGCCCUGAGUCCAGAAGAAUAUAUCUUUGCAGCUCUUAACCUGUACACAGAUAUCAUCAACAUCUUUCUCUAUAUUCUUGCUAUCAUCGGAAGAGCAAGGGGGAGCUGAGCAGGAAAAACAACAAAUAGAAAUUCUGAUGGAAAAUGGUUUUGAGUUCAUGUCUAGAAGUGAGUUCCUAUAGUCUUGAUUAUUAUUUUGUCUUGUAGUGAGCACUUAUGGCAUAGUUCAAGAGUUUUUUUGGUUCACCCAGUGUAAACGGUAUUUUUCAUGAUAAUAUAAAUCAGUUGUCUAUGUUGUAGUUUGGGGGUUUAUUAAAGCUUUAUGGGGUAUAUGACCUGUUGUAAAAAAUGUAAUUUUUUAUCUUGUGCCAUUUGGAAUCAUUAAACAGUGUAAAGAUUUGACACUUGCUUUUCCCAGGGCUUUCAACUGUAUCACACAGUCUUCAUCAGCAGAAGGAGUUUGAUCAGAUCAGUUCUCACAGAGAUGAAACUGUUGAGAUGCAAGCUCAGUAGCGGUUGUAAUUUCAUCCAUUGGAUUUUUAGGACUUCUUGUCCGGGUUGGUUUCCUCAGCGGGUGAAGACCUUGUUAUGUGGUCAAAACUCUGGAAAAAGCUAGUAAGUGGACCUUGAGUUGGGAUUGUUAUGUCAAACUACUAUCUCAAGGCGUCAAGCUUGAACUUGAGAAGGGCUAUGAAGUGCAGUGGAUGAAAUAACAGCUGCCAAACUUGCAUGUCAACAAAUCCAUCACCAUGACAACUGCGCAAACUACAUCGACUGUGUGAUAUGAUUAAAAUCCCUAGAUAAAGCUAGUAAGUGGACCUUGAGUUGGGAUUUUUGUCAAAUGACUAUUUCCAAGGUAAAGAAUAACCUUUUAAUGCUUAAAUAUAAAGGAUUUUUUUAUAAACCUGA